AUGCUUCGCAUGAGCACGUUCGACAUGUUCGCGCCGUCUCAGAACGUGCUGCCGAUCCAGGCCAGCUUCGGCAUGACGAUCCCGCAGGUCCCGACAACGUCGAUGAUCAUCCCGACGGUCAUGGAGUGCCCUGAGAUGAACGACACGAUGGGCCCGAUCCUUGCGAUCAAGCGCACGUACCAGCCUAGUGUAUUACGACGAAAGCGCAAGUUCGGCUUCCGUGUGCGCAAGGCGUCGCUCGGCGGCCGCAAGGUCCUCAACAACCGCUUUCUGAAGGGCCGCAAGCGCCUGUCUCUCUAA